AUCAAACAGUAAUCGAUUUUGGUUCCAGCUCUAACGUUUUGUGACAUGAAAAUUCAACGAGGAAACUGUGUACAUGAAUAAUUAAAAAACUAAAAUGGUUUCCAUGCAAUUUGUUUUGCAACCGCUUCCGGGCUCAGACGACCAGUUCAUUGAAAGAAUUCGGGAAGUGUCAGAAAAAGUCAACAGAUUUGGUUAUGGCACUCACCGCAUAUUCGAGCAGCUAAAAAUUCCUGUGAGAGAAGUGGUAAUUGGACCCACCCACAUUGGUGUUUUGCUGGAGGAUGGCAAGGCGUUCCGCGUGUCCUUUUCCAUUAAUUCGGAGAAACUUGACUUAACAAAAUCAGACGCAAAAUGGUCUAUUUCAAGUUCCACAAGUGGUGGCGGCGGAACGGCCAGUGCCUCGAAGGCCCCCUCCUCAUCCCGACCGAUGGCCCGGUCCAGAGCACGACUCCUGCGCGCAACAGGUCGCUCCAGUUCCACCGGACAGGGUUCCGGAUCUCGUAGCACGGGUGUGAUUAUCGGGGGCAGCACCUCAAACCGACCCCUGGUCACAGUUCCGGCCACAUAUGUACCAGAGGAGCUCAUAUCCCAAGCAGAAGUGGUUUUACAGGGCAAGAGUAGAAAUCUCAUAAUUAGAGAAUUGCAGCGCACCAAUUUAGAUGUUAACUUAGCCGUGAACAAUUUGCUUUCGCGCGAUGAUGAAGAAGCUGAAGAUACCGAGGAAGGUGCCGAUAAUUACGUGCCUGAAGACCUUAUCUCACUGCUGGAUAAUGGCUUUAGUGGAGAUAACAACAGCGUCAUCAUUGAUCCCUCAGAUGGACUUUUUUCGGAAGAGAUAUUUAGCAAUUACUCGAGCAUUCGCAACCUGCUGUUUGACCGUAUUCGUAGUGAGCGCAGUAAUGCCAACGCAAAUGCCGCAGACAGUAAUCAAUCGACCCGCUCCACAACAUCGGGCACAGCUCUAACAGGAAGCAGUAGCAUAUCAGCUCAAAUAUCGGUUAAUGCUGACCGCGAAGCAUUUAGCCGUUGGCGCGAUCGCCAGUACUAUGGACCGCGACGCUGGAUAAACAAAGACGACUAUACUUGGGAAAAGGAUGCUGAUUCCAAAAAAAAGGAGCCAUCCCCAAUGUUGUCUCCCAUCUGGAUAUCGGAGGAACUGCAGCCUUGGCCGGAAAAAAGUUCUGUAAGGUUUAAAACUAUAGGCGCCUUAUAUUCGGAGUUCAUUGCAUUGUCGGAAGCCGGAGAUUUAUACCAAUGGCGUUGGUCAGAUGCAGAGCCCUAUAAGUCAGAGACUGAUAAUGUUUAUCAUCCGAAAACUGUGGCACUCAACAUAACCGAGAGGGUGGAGUUAAUUUCGGCAAACUUCAUCAGAUGUUCCGUGGUUACGGAAACCAAUCGCGUGGCUACUUGGAUGGACGAACAGCUUGGGUACCUCGGGGCCAAGCUCGAGCAUAAUUCCUGCUCCUUCAACGAGUUUACAUCGGAUCCUAUAACAAAGAUUUACGUCUGCUCGCUGUACACGGUUGUUAAAACCGACAGCAACAACAUCUACUGGUGGGGAGUCCUGCCAUUCGAUCAACGACGCUAUUUGUGGGACAAAUUCCGGACAAAGACCAAGAAGCCCUUCAAGGUGGUUGCCACCGAUAUAAAUGUUGGCGCUCAAGUGAUAAUGAAGAAAUGUCCCAUCUAUCAAUCUGGAUCAAUCGGAUUUACGUGCUCCAAUGGCGUGCCGAAGGUUGGACAGCUUUUGAAUUCGGUUUGGAACUUCACCGAUGUGUGUCGCAUGAAAAUCAUAAAUAUAAACACAAAUGCGGGGGUGGAAAAAUCACAAGCAGCUGGCAUUAACUUGAACGCCCAUGGAAUUACGCCCGAAAAGGAUCAGCCAAAAACGACGGCGCUGCCCAGUGCUGGGAGCAGUAAGAAUGGCCAGUCAUUCUCAAACAGCAAAGAGUCGACCGACCGCAUAGACAUGCCCCCUCCUCCAUCGCCGGCAUCCAGCACCUGCAGCGACACCGGCAGCGUCACAUCCCACAAGCGCACCAAGCGUGUGACCACGAAAGAGGACUCCAACGCCCCUCAGGAGGGCAGGAAAGAUGAGGAGCUGUGGCAGCUGAAGGACGUGGUGUUUGUGGAGGACAAAGUGGGUCCAGUGGGCAAGGUGCUUAAGGUGGACGGAGACUUUGUGGCUGUCCGUUUUCCGGUAAUGAAUGCAGCAGCCGCUGCAGUUGCAGCUGCUGUCACCACCGCCAGCUCCUCCUCGAAUGCAGCAUCCACAUCCAAGGAAGAGGGCAAAGAAGACGACUGGCAGCAGUGUCGGCUGCUGCGGCGCGAAGAUGUUCAGAUAUUCCGGACUGCAAUGUCUACCCGUGGUCCCGACUGGCUGCAGAAGCAGCCCAAGAAGAUCAACGUAGGUGCCGAUGCGGCUGGCGCCCAGCUUUUGACCCUGGCCGUGGACUCCCGCGGCAUUCAUGUGAUUAAGAAGGUGCUCGGAAAAAUUCACUAUAGCCUGUACAAUUUGUAUAACAGCAAGCAGGAGCAGAACUGCCUGUUCCCCACGGACUGUGCCUCCUUCAUUGGCUCCUCGCCCAGCAACAUCUUGAUGGCCUGUAACAACGACUGCAGCGGAAACAGCAGCACCAUUGUGCUGCGCGAUGGCAAUGGAGCUCUGUAUCCCCUGGCAAAGGAUUGCCUUGGCUCGAUCAAGGAUCCCCAGUGGUUCGACCUGCCGCCGGUAAAGUCCAUCACCAUGUCUACCAUUUCGCUGCCGGCAAUGCUUUCCGGCGUGAAUUUGAAGUCAAAGGUGUGCAUGACUGCCUUGCUCUUCGACACCCAGAAGCUCAUGCCGCACAUCUUGCGGUGCGAUGUGAAGAAUAGCUUUGCUGCACUUAGUCGCUUGGAGAGAGAGGAUCAAGCGGAUACGGCUUUGGUCGUGGAAGAACGUUGCGAUGGAGCACGAAACAUAUUCCAUGCAUGUGUGAUUAUGUGUGCCCCAUCAUCGAACAAGGAUACGCCACCAGAUUCGCCUAGUGGAGGCGUCGAGAAGAAGUCCCUAGCUGUGGGACUCUCCGUGGCGCGCUCUAUCCCAACGGUAUCGACUAGCGCUUACGUCAGCAGCAAUGCAUUCGGAGCAAAUGCGGCCUCCAGCAAUGAGAACUCCAGUUUUGCCACAAUGAGCUCCUCUGGCGCGGGAUCCGCCUCCUCGGCGAGCAGGGAUAAUCGAAGCAAUCUACGAGACAUGAUGCAUCGCCUGAUCAACAACGAUCAAGCGGAACAGUCUGGCAGCCAGCCAAUGGCUACAAACAACGAGGACCACGCUUACAUCCCUUGGCCAACUGAGGCACCGGCGGCCAGCAAUCUGAGCGCCAGCGCUUCGCAGAACAUCGCGGACAGCAUCGAAGAUGACAUCUCAAAGAUUAUUCCGUCCUCCUCGCAGAGUUCCAUGCUCUCCAACAUCAAGUUGGGAUCACCUAACUAUACUUUUGACCUGGCUCAACGGCGGGAACAUGCGUUGCUGAUCCUGCAGCAGAUGUGCGUCAGUCCCGCCCUGCGACCGUACCUUUGCCAAAUGCUGAGCACCAAGGAUGCGCAGGGCCAGACGCCGUUCAUGCUGUCCGUUUCGUGUCGCGCCUACGAGGCAGGUAUCAUACUUUUGAAUACCAUCCUUAUGCUGUCUGAGCAGGAUCCGCAGCUCAAGGAGGCCAUGAUUUUCCCCAGCGGUUCCCCGGCAGAUCAGUCGCCCCUGCAUGUCAUCUGCUACAACGACACCUGCUCCUUCACAUGGACGGGGGCUGAUCACAUAAACCAGAACAUAUUCGAGUGCAAAACUUGCGGCCUGACUGGAUCCCUGUGCUGCUGCACAGAGUGUGCCCGCGUCUGCCACAAGGGACACGACUGCAAAUUGAAGCGGACGGCACCAACUGCCUACUGCGAUUGCUGGGAGAAAUGCAAGUGCAAGGCCCUGAUCGCCGGCAAUCUGACAAAACGCUUCGCGCUGCUUUGCAAGCUGGUCUCCUGCACUGAUUUGGUCACCAAAUUCAACUCUAAGGGCGAAUCGAUCCUGCUUUUCCUCAUCCAGACGGUUGGCCGACAAAUUGUGGAGCAGAGGCAGUAUCGCUUCAACGUAAGGGUUCGCAAUGUUGGCACCGCGGCGAGCGGAGCUAACGGAAGCAACACUGUUAUAUCAAAUCGGAAGGCUUCCUCCGCUGACAUGGAUACCGACAUGCCGGAUCACGACCUGGAGCCGCCAAAGUUCGCCCGUAAAGCCCUGGAGCGGCUGUUGAUCGACUGGAAUGCGGUUCGCUCGAUGAUCAUGAGUGGAGCGGAGAAAAGCGAGGUGAACGUCCCGAAUCCAGCAGCCAAUGCAUCCGAAAACUCAAACUCGGAGGGCUUCAACAUGUUCAUCCAGACUCAGCACGGCUCCACGCUCCUUGACAAGUUCACCCAUAGCUUAAUCGUGAAGUGCACUGGCGACCAUCUGGACACGUUGCUGCUCACGCUGGUGCGGGAAUUGCAGAACGUAAGCGUGGUCAAUCGCUGCAGGGAGGCCGAGGAAGUGGCGCGUCGUUUCGUGCGCUCCGUGGCACGAGUCUUCGUUAUUUUCAAUCUAGAAAAGCAGCCGAAUCCGGAGAAGCGCAAAACGCACACAUCGUGCAACAAAUACGUUCAGAGCUGUGUAAAAGUAUUCCAGACGCUGCACAAGAUUUCCAUCGAGGAGCUAUGCGAGGUAUCUGAAGCGUUGAUUGCUCCAGUCCGACUGGGAGUUGUGCGACCCACUGCUCCUUUUACAAUGUCAUCGUCGAACCUGGAUAACUCUGACGAUUUGUUUAGCGUGGAUCCUUUGGCACCCUCUAACGUGGAGUCUCCUUCCGAACAAAUAUUGGGACACGAUACUGGAAACGAUCAGAGUGCCAGUUUUAACAUUCAACAAAACUACGAUGUAGUUGCAAUGGAAACGAUACGCGACACCUCCGAAUCGGAAGAAGCUAUAAAUCGAGAAGCUAAUUCCCACAAUCAAGACGAUGAAUUAAUAGAAAAUCAACGAAACGAGGACGGCAUGCAAGACGAUGAGAGCGAUAAUGACUUUACUUUCAAUGACGCUGAAACUGAGUCUGAUUCCGAUGACAAUCAAAGUAAUCAGGAGGUGCAGAGAAGCGUUCAAACGGGGGCAACAGUUGGCUCAGAAAAUGACAUUGGUGUCUUGUUCCUGGAGGAUGAAUCGGGAGACUCGUCGGCCCAAGAAGAAGAUGGCUCGGAGGAUGGGGAGUCCGACGACCAUUCCGACGAGUUCAAUUUUAAUGACCAACAGCUUGAACGUCGCAGCACGAAUUCGAACACUCGCAGCGACCUGGCUCCGCAAACGAUGCAGUGGGCAAUUAGGAACCGUGAAACUGCCCGCUCCUCCGUAAGGGUGCCCACCGGUUCCAAUCUGGUCUUUAUAGAUCCGAUGGCACUGCGACGCUCCACUGUCCCGGCCAGCACAACGGUAACCACUCCCUCGAUCGAGCCCCACACCAUGGCGACAACGGCCAGCAAUUUGGCACGGGCAUUCGGGAUCACAAUAAGACAAAUAUCGGAGCUUAUAAGCAUUCUAUCCUACAACAUAGUAAAUGACAUCGAAACUUCAUUAAAAAUUCAAAAUGAUGAGGCAAUUGCAGUCCAAGCAUUUGUUGAAAAGCGUUUAAAGGCAACUUGGGAUUGGAUGUUCACCGUAAUGGAUGGAACCGAGGCACAAUUGAAGUUCGGAGCUUACUUGACCAACUACACCGAUCCCAACCAUCCGCUGCAUCCGCUUAAUCUCAGUGCCCAAGCUUCGACUAGCACAACGCCUGCUCCUGCUACAUCCUCGUCCGUUGGUGUGAAUAUGAUGGGAUCCAAUUCACGUAGAGAUUUCUUUACCUACUGUUUAUCUUUGAUGCGAGCCCACACUUCUGAGCACAGAGAUGCCCUGCCAGUGUUGGAUAUAACAGCUUUGCGUCACAUUGCCUAUGUGCUCGAUGCUUUCGUUUACUAUAUGCGCAAUGAUACGGGCUUCUAUGACAAGCAAGAGACCAUUUCUGGUCGUAUCAAUAAUCUGUCGCCCAUGGUUGAGAGCUACGAUACGGACGACGAGCUGACCAACCUGGAAGAGUUCAACGCCGAUGUUCAGCCGUCUACGAGUAGUCUGCCUUCGGGGAGCCUAGGCACACGCAGACACGCGUUCUUUGCACGGUCGGAGUCGACUUUGAGCUUGGGUUGCUCAGCGCCGGAAGGCUUCGAUCUUCCUCUGGAUAUGGCCAUGCCACUGGCGGAUAAACCACACUUGUUGCAGCCAAAUUCAAAGCGCCAGGAACUAUUCGCCAACCUACCGCUGCUCGUUACCACGAGCGCCAACAGCAGCGCACCCAAUAACCAAGGUGGCAGCAUUUUUGAUUACACUCCUACGAGGCUGGGAUUCUCGAAUUCCUUAAAAAGGACCGAACAUGUUUAUGAAACACUCCCGGCCAAACAGUCUGUGGAUGUAAUAAUCAAUAUGGAUACUAGUAAGACGGGUGAUGGAAAUGUAACUUAUAAGGCUGACGGCUCUACCGACUCUAAUAUCUACGUACAAUUAAAAAAGAAACAGGGCUCGGAUGAUUUCAAAUCCCACAAAGAGGCUGAUGGGAAUCACAGCAAGUACGACAAAGUUGUGUUAAUGGAAACUGAUGAUAUAAGCAGUCUUCCAAGUACCAGCAAAUCGACUGAAGCGUUAAUGGCCACCCGGCCAGAAGUCAUCAUUGCGCCAAAUAAAGCAUCAGUGUCACCGGCGACUGCAGCUCGCAGCGUUAUAGUUCUCGCGGGUGGUUCCUGUUUAAAGACGAUUGAUUCGGACUUAAAUAAUUUCUCGGCUUCAAAUUUAUCGAGCGCAGAGCAAGCUAAAUGUGAUACACAUCAUCAAAAGUCGGGGACACACACCCCGCUAAGUUUUCCCGCUCGCGGUUCGCUGUUUUACCAAAGUAAUUUUUCGGAUUCGCCGUCGUGGAACUUUUUGUUAAGUCGUUGGAAGUUAACGUUGGACUUAUUUGGUCGAGUCUUUAUGGACGAUGUGGGAAUGGAGCACGGGUCUGUGUUGCCGGAAUUGCGCGGAUUCCCCGUGAAAGAAAUGCGUUUCCGUCGUCACAUGGAAAAAUUGCGCAACGGUCAACAGCGCGACUUGGUGCUAUGCAAACUGGAGCGAAAUCGUGAAAGUUUAAUUGUUCAAACGUUCAAGGAACUAAAUACCCAGUUUGGCAACCAAAACCGACGAGCCCAACCACCCAUCACAUUCAACCGGGUGAAGGUGACGUUCAAAGACGAGCCGGGCGAAGGAUCUGGAGUGGCUCGCAGCUUCUACACGUCGAUCGCAGAGGCAUUGCUUGCCAGUGCGAAAAUUCCCAAUCUGGAAUCUGUGCAGGUGGGCAGUAGCAACAGUAAGUACGGAGUGCCGUUCUCGAGCAUCCUACGGAGCAGAACGGUGUCAGGGUCUAGUCGUGAUCAAUCCACUCUGCAGAGGCGUGGCACCAGCAGCAAAAUAUUAUGGCGAUCAGCUCGAGAGAGAAAGGCAUUGAACUUGGAUGCCAGACCGUACACCCCAAUGAAUAACUCAGAUAAUGCGAUGCCGGAAAGCAUAAAUGAUCAUUUAUCUGUCCACCUACAACAAAUUGGAGAACGUCUGUACCCCAAGAUCCACUCUAUUAACCAAACGCAUGCUCCGAAGAUAACAGGAAUGCUUCUAGAAAUUCCCACUCCUCAGCUUCUGUCCGUAAUUUCCUCAGAUGAGACACUACGUCAAAAAGUGAAUGAAGCGAUAGAAAUUAUCACGUUCAAAUUAAAAUCUGAGACCAGUGCACAAAGUAGUCAACCAAAAAAAUCACCAUCUGUAGUGCUGGUCGAACCCGUAGAUGACGAUAAUGAGCCAUUAUUUUAUUCUCCGGGAAAGCGGGGCUUUUACACACCACGCCAAGGCUUUGCGUCAUUUGAGCGCAUUAAUGCAUUUAGAAAUAUUGGAAGACUAAUUGGACUUUGUCUACUGCAAAAUGAAUUGCUUCCACUGUUCCUGCAAAGACAUGUAUUGAAAUACAUUCUUGGACGUAAAAUUAAGUUCCACGACCUAGCAUUUUUCGAUCCGGCAUUGUACGAAUCUUUUAGGCAAAUUAUUCAAAAUGGCCAAACAAAAGAAGGCGAAGAAACUAUUAAUCGAAUGGAGUUAUGCUUUGUGAUUGACUUGAUGAAAGAGGAGGGUUGUGGCAACAGAGAGCUAAUUCCAGGCGGCCGCGAUGUUGCGGUUACAUCUAGUAAUAUAUUCGAGUACAUUAGACGCUAUACAGAAUAUAGACUUAUCAAAUCCCAAGAAAAGGCACUUGAGGCAUUAAAAGACGGAGUUUUCGACGUUUUGCCCGAUAACAGCAUGAACAGCUUGACCGCUGAGGAUUUACGUCUGCUGCUGAACGGUGUCGGUGAUAUAAAUGUUUCAACAUUAAUUUCAUACACUACCUUUAACGACGAAUCUAGCGAGGGUCCGGAUAAACUUUUAAAAUUUAAGAAAUGGUUUUGGAGUAUUGUUGAGAAAAUGAAUAUUUUGGAACGUCAAGAUUUGGUGUAUUUCUGGACCGGAUCGCCUGCGCUGCCAGCUUCGGAAGAGGGAUUCCAACCAUUGCCAUCUGUCACCAUAAGACCUGCGGAUGACUCUCAUCUACCAACUGCGAAUACGUGUAUAUCCCGGCUUUAUAUCCCCCUGUACUCCAGCAAAUCUAUUUUACGCAGUAAAAUGCUGAUGGCCAUUAAAUCCAAAAAUUUUGGAUUUGUAUAAGCGACUGGAACACUUUCCUAUGUGUAUAAGCUUCAAAUUCAUUUCUUAAUUAAUUUUAGAUUUUUUGAGUUCCGCUUGUCAUAUUUAACCAUACCAUUCCCAUUUUGAAUUAUAUAUUGUUUAAAAUUUUUUUCGAAUUUGAACAUUUUACGUAACAUUAUUCAAAGCGAUUGGCGCGGGUCUGACGGUCUGGUUUGCCCUAACCUUGUAGUAAAAAUAUGAAGUUUCCAAACAACAAAUGUAACCAAGAAAACGGCCAAUUAGGUAUUAGGAAGCCUAUGUUUUAAAUAUUAAACUUUUAAAUAAAGUAUGUUUUCUAAAGUAUGACUUAUGCACAUGUAUAUUUAUCGAUAUCGAUUCAAUAGAAAUUUGAAGAAAUAAACAAUAAAAAUAAGUCCA